CAAGAAAAACGGUGAGCCGAGGGGAGCUGACUCAAGCAUUUCUCGUUCAGCCGUUUACCCGCGAGGACCGUAUCCCAGGGCACGAGUUUAUUUCUCUAUUCCCUCCUCCGUUUAUUUCUUACUCUCCAUCGGUUCCUCAUUCGGAGUUUAAUUUGUGUGAACAUUUCGUCAUGCCGUUGUUCAAAAAGCUGCGGAUGUUCUCCCGUCACAAGAAAUUGUGCGAAGAAUGGGCACUAGCCAACAGUCGUGACUGCGUGGAGAGCACCAGUGGCAGUGGUAGUGGACUGAGUAGCGACCAUGGUGAUGUUACCGAGGCGACAUUUACACUCAAAUACCUGGGUAGCACUCUGGUGGAGACGCCCUCCAGCGAGGAGGCAACCGCCGAGGCUAUCAAAACAGUCAUGACCAUGGUAAAGGCCAGUGGUAAAAAAUUACAGAGAGUCUCUCUCGGGGUCAGCCUUCGGGGCAUUCGCAUGACUGAUUUGGCUACGGAAGAGGACCAACUCCAAGUCUCAAUAUAUAGGAUUUCCUACUGUUCCGCGGAUGCCGCUCACGAUCAUGUAUUCGCAUUCAUAGCGACAAAUCUGAAUGAGACAAUGGAGUGCCAUGCUUUUUUAUGCCCAAAAAGAAAAACCGCCCAAACAGUGACACUAACUGUUGCCCAGGCAUUCAACACAGCAUACGAAGCCUGGCAACAGUCCCGAGCUGAUCCACGCAUUCAUCAUCCACCCAGCAAGACUCUCAACACUAUUCCCCUCAACAACGACAAAACCAUCGGAAAGUCCGAGGAGACGUUGGCCGAGGUGAAGAAGAGCGAGAAGAAUCUGCUGAUUGAUCUGACCCACGAGGUGAAACCCUCCGAAAAAACCUGGGUUCAUUUUGAAGAUGACUCGAGCGGAGAAAUGAGGAAGACAACGAAGAAAUCAACUGCGAAUGGCAUCCCCAUGGCGACAAUAAGACACACAGGUAGCAUGAGUAAUCAUGUUGUGCCUAGGCCAAUGCCAGGAUUCAAAGUUCAAAAUGCCUGGGGAGAAUCGCGAUCUGUCGAUCUCAUGUGUUCGUAGCAGUCGUAGCCCAAGGCCGAUUGUUUCACAGAUGUGCCACUGAUUACAGGACUGUGGAAGCACUUGUCAAACAAUGGCCCCAGCAAAAAGACCACCAAUUGUGGACGAUCGAAUGGAGAGCAAAAUAGAUCAUGAAAUUUUUGCUGAAUACGAGGAUCAAGGAGGGAGACAUCUCCCGAUGAGACAAAAUGAUUGAUUUGAGGGGAGGAAGGGAGAGAGCUAGUGCUGAGUGGAUAUUUUUAGAUUGCACCUCUAUUGAUCACAGGACAAUUGAUCACGAGAAAAAUAAUCACAGAAUAAUUAGAUCAUCAAGAAAAUACAUCACACAAUAUUAAAUUAUCAGCAAUUCAGUGUAUUUAGUGUAUAUUUAAUUACGAUGAAAAAAAAAACAUGAAAACCAUGAACGGUUCAAGUUUUAGAGUAUUUAAUAAUUCAUUAGAAUCCAUUGAGUUGUCGUGUUGGAUAAUGGUUCUUUCUCACGGAGAAAGAUUGUGAGCAACCCCGCGUAAAUACUCCAAAACAUCGCCCUCAUUAACCCACGACGUCACCACCGCGUAGAAACGAACAUCGUAAUCACAGUAUUUCUUCCGCUUCCUUGAUGAAAUGAGACGGCCAGCAUUAAAUUGCUCCCAAAUCACUUCAGACAACGCUUGCUCGACUUUCAAAGCAUUGAUAAAUCUGCCCAACUGCUCAUGAUUUCUACCAACACGUUGAUGAAAAGCAUUAUGCCAACCUUCCAUCAUACUAUUGGUCCUGGGCUCAUCAUUGACGACUGCAUAGUAGGAAUUCCAUAUUUCAAUAGGAAACUUAGCUGACGUAUAACCGCUGAAUUGUCCGGUGAUCAAAACAGCUUGUGAUAGAAGGAUUUGUGGUGGCUUGACCAUGUGAUCAAAUUUCUGAUCAUUUGUCCCGCAAUCAACUGUACCCGUGAUAAGUAGGGGUGAUACCUAUUUUUCAUCGUCAACUUGAAAUGUUUUUGGUGAUCACAAGUGAAUACACCAGUGACGAUUGUCUCUGGUUGUGGUUGCGCAUUCGCAGAAGUUGAAAGACAUUUGAUCGCUGUUGAUGAUGAUGAUGAGAGACAUGACAGUUUAGGGAAUAAUCGUACAUUAAGCAGAACUCAGUGAUUUGCAUAGCGUCAUAGUGUGAAAAUAUUGAGGCUGUAUUUGCACAUGCUGUCGUCAUCGAUACGAGGCAUGUGUGAAGUCAAAUUGAAACUACCCUUUUAUGAGAGGAUUUCACUGGUUGCGAGUGAACGGUGAAUUCAUGAUUCUUAUGGAGUUAUUGUUGAAUGCUUACGGUGUCACGAUUAAUGUGAAUCGAAUGAUUCAUUUGAUUUCAAUGUUAUGUUUAUACUUUUGUGCUAUCCAUUUUUGGAGACAUUUUAUUAUUCAGCGUUUUGUUAAAUUUGAAUACUUUAGGGAUAAGUAGAAUAAAGGAUACAUAUCUACA